CUAUGAUCCAAACCAAACAACAACAUGGCGCACGAUGGGUGAUAUUGUACGGCGGCCAGACCAAUACUCACCAAAAUCGAGCCCUCGGGGGUCUCGUUCUCCAGUUGUGUCUCGUCAGGACACAACUGGGACGUUGAAAACUACAAUAUCACUGGGGAAAACACCAGCUAUUGUCCACAGUGGGCCGUUUUACUUGAUGAAAGAACCUCCAAAAAGUGAGCUUACUGGAGCCACAAAUUUGAUGGUAUCCUAUGGGUUGGAGCAUUCUUACAAUAAGUUCAGUGGACGGAAAGUGAAAGAUCAGCUGAGUGCUUUUCUCCCGAAUCUUCCUGGCAAUAUUGAUGCACCGGGAGACCAAGACAAUAGCUCUCUGCGCUCUUUAAUCGAGAAGCCGCCCGUAGGUGGAAAGGAGCUCGCUCCGUUGAUGGGAGCCCAGUUAGUAGGAUUCAGACUUCACCCUGGCCCGCUUCCGGAGCAGUACCGAAUGAUGAGCCAGCAGCCCCAGAAGAAAAAGCACAAGCACAAGAAACACAAGCAUAAGUUGGGUGACACACCAAGCCAAGAGUCACAGCAGCAAGAAAGUGCUGCUGACGGUUCACACGAGAAGAAACAUAAGAAGCAGAAGCGCCAUGAUGAUGACAAAGAGCGGAAGAAGAAGAAGAAAGAGAAAAAGAAGAAGAAGAAACACAGCCCUGAAGCUACACCAGCAAAUCCUCCCACUGCAGCACCACUACCAAACGGUUCACAAAGGGUUCUCUGAUUCACUGCUGCUAGCACAUAUGUUCUUAACCACACAUGGUGCAUGUACAUGUUCCAUUUUAUCCUUAAAUCAAUAUCAGAAAUAAAGCAACUACCCGAAAGAAACG